CAAUAUGUCAUAAACAGAAGAAACCUUAAAAAAAUAUCCAAAAUAUAUGCCAACUUUAGUGAGAUAUGAAGAGCCAAUUGAAAUAAAUGAAGAUGAAAUGUAACUUGAAAUGCAAGAACAAGUCUUAAAUUAAAAAAAAAAAUAAUAACUGUAACCUUUAGAUCAAAAAUGGUCUAUAGAUGAAAUUUUAAAUAAAUUCUUUCCUCCUAGAAGAUUUGAACAUGAAGGACAUUACUUUAAAUAAGUUGUUAGUGUUAAUGAUGUAAAAAGAGAUGAAUUAAAUUAAUUGGAAGCAGAAUUAGAUUAAAGAUUAAUUGAGAGAUAGGCUCGGUAGAAUUUAAUUGCAAAUAUUAUAGUAAGAGUGGUAUAUGUCCAGUAAGAGAAGAUUUACAUAGUUAAUUAUUUGAAGAGAUCAUUAGAUAAAGUGCUAUCAAUUGUCCAGAAAGAGGAUUGUUAUUAAUGAGAGUAUAUGAUAAUUUGAAAUUAACAUUUGCAGCAUAUUAAACAUUAUAUGCUGGAUCUGUUGUAUUUGGUAAUAGAAAAGCAGCAGAAUCUGAAAUUGGAAAAAGUGAAUAGGAUUCUAAAAUUGCAGAUUAUGACAAAAAGAAAAUUUAUUUAGAAAAUCAAAAAAUAUUAUUGGAGAAUGAACUAGAUGCUAUAUAGAGAAGUUUUAAGGAAAUCAGAGAAUUAGAAGAGAAAAGAAUGGAAUCUGAGAUGCAAUUUUUAAAAUAAUAAACAAAGCAUUUAGAACAUUUUCUGAAAUAAGUGCAAUAGAAUUAAUAAUGAUUUAUUUAGAAUAUUAAUAUGGA